AUGCAGGCUGAUCAGACAGUGUUGAGCUUGAGACCAGGUGGCGGCGCCCGCGGCGGUAGAGUGACCGGCCUUCGAUUUGAUUCUACGGCGGCGGCGGCGAAUUCCGAGCUCCCCCGACUGCCUCCUCAUGGCGGUGCCGCUGCAUCUUCGCUCCCCUCUUUCAAGACUGGAGAGUCUAGGUUUGAUGGCCAUGAACGUAUCUGCUAUUCUCGAGACCAGCUAAUGCAGUUAAGGGAGGCUGUUAGCAUCCCUGACGAUAUUCGUAAAGUGAAACAAGAAGUUGAAGUUGAAUUUUUUGGUUCAGAUCCUAGCUGGAGCCGUGGAGACAAUAAUCCCCCGACUCAAUCCCAGAGUCGUUAUACUGAACCGGACAACCGUGACUGGCGUAAUCGAUCGGCACAAUUUCCUUCCCCGACAGAGGAGAGGUCAUGGGAGGCAAUAAGGGACAGAGACUUUGGUGGGCGAUUUGAUCCUAGGCAACAGGAUGCAAAUCAAUUCAAUAAGCAAGACCAAUUCAACUCUGAGUUUUCAAGAGCUCAAAUCUCGUCCAGCCUAGGGGCGGGAAAUGCUGCUCUAAUCAAAGCUGAUGUACCAUGGUCCGCUCGAAGGGCGACUCUGUCCGACGAGGACCGUAUUUUAAAAACAGUAAAGGGCAUACUGAAUAAGCUUACUCCUGAGAAAUUUGAUGUUCUAAAGGGCCAAUUGAUCGACUCUGGAAUAACAUCGGCAGAUAUUCUGAAGGAACUAUUGGGACAAGACACUAAGAUCUGCCCCGCCGAAGAAAACGUCGAGGCCAUCUGCCAAUUCUUCGUCACCAUCGGCAAACAGCUCGACGAGAACCAAAAAUCCAAACGUAUCAAUGACAUUUACUUCAACCGUUUGAGAGAUUUGUCGACAAACCCUCAACUCGUCGCCCGGUUGAGGUUCAUGGUCCGAGAUGUCCUCGACCUUCGCUCCAAUAAUUGGGUCCCGAGACGUGAGGAGGUGAAAGCUAAAACCAUUACUGAGAUUCACUCGGAGGCUGAGAAGAAUCUCGGUCUACGCCCUGGUGCUACAGCUGUCAUCCGCAACAGCCGGGCCAUCUCCUCCGGUGGGCCGGGCAACUUUAGCCCUGGUGGCUUCCCGAUGAACCGAGCUGGCCUGGGUGGCAUGAUGCCCGGCAUGCCCGGGACCCGAAAGAUGCCCGGGAUGCCCAGCUUGGACAAUGACAACUGGGAAAUCCCCCGCUCUCGAUCCAUGCCCAGACCUCCGGCCGCCAACUCCCAGACCUCUGGCCAGAUUCAGUCACCGCUCGUCGACAAGUCCUCCAGCAGCUUCUUGGCUGGUGCCGGUGGCCCACUGGCCGGCCCAUUUAGACCGGCAGCUCCGGUGGCUGCAAAGUCGAACCCCGACGAGCUCAAGAAGAAAACGGUCUCGCUUCUCGAGGAGUAUUUUAGUGUGAUGCUUCUAGACGAAGCCUUGCAAUGUGUCGAAGAACUCAAGUCCCCGGCCUACCAUCCGGAAGUUGUCAAGGAGGCAAUAUCCAUUGGGCUGGAGAAAAGCCCGCCAUGUGUCGAGCAAGUGGCGAAGCUCAUCAAGUAUUUGCUCGAGAAGAAGGUGAUUAACCCGAGUGAUGUUGCUUAUGGAUGCCAGCUGUAUGCAGCCUCGCUCGAAGACAUUGCAAUUGAUUUGCCGAAAGCGCCGGGCAAUUUUGGCGAGAUUGUUGGGAACCUGGUUUUGGGUGGAGGAGGAUUGGAUUUUAAGGAUAUGGGGGAUAUUUUGGGGAAAGUGGGUGGUGAUUAUUCUCGGAAGGCGAUAUUUGAUGCGGCUGUUAAGAUUGUCGGCUCGGGACCUGUUGGGAAUGAGCUGCUCGACUUGCAGGCGAGCCUGUUUUAG